AUGGAAAACUCGGAUUCCAAUGAUGAAGGAGAUGGAGUUUCGGCCCAACGCAUAAGUCAAACGGACCGAUUGGUUUGGGAAGAAGAUUUCUCCAGGUUUGUAAAUAAUCUGAGUGAAGAAGAUUACAAACUUAUGAGAGACAACAAUCUUCUAGGCAUUCCAGGUGAAAGUACAGAAGAAGAGUUGCUGAGAAGACUUCAGCUAAUUAAAGAAAACCCACCACAAGACUCAGAUGAAAAUACAGAUAGAGGAGACUCUUCAGAUGAUGUGUCUAGUGGUGACUGUACAAUAGACUGGCUUAACUGUUCUGGACAAACUGAAAAUAUGACAAGUGGACAAAGAGAAAACCAAUUUUGGAGAGAAGAGAGCCAAAUUAAUCCUAAAAGUGAUCAGUUCAGAUUCAGUUUAGAAAUAAAUUUUAACCUUGAUAAUGGGAGUCCAAAUCCAGAGAAUCAAUAUGUAGCAUCUGCAAGACUUCCCAGAAGAGAAAAUAUGGAAGACAGCCAAAGGCAAGUGGACAAUUCACAAUCUGAAUCAAUAUUUACAAGACCAUCUAUGUCUGAACAAGAUACAACUGAAACAUUGAUGGAAUUCCCACCUACCAGAAGUCAGAGAAGAGCAAGAAGUAGGAGCCCAGAGUAUCGGAGAACCAGAGCAAGAAUUGAAAGUUGGUCGCCUCCACAUUCACUUAGGGAAACUGUACAAAGACUUAAUCAUAGUAUACCAUCUCAGACUUUUGAGCAGCCUCUGGUAAGUGAGAAUGCGAGAUUUUCUAGAACUGAGCACCAAGAAAUAUUGAGACAGCAAAUGACUGGAUUUGAGUUGCAAAACAGUGGUCUUAUUGAAACUUCUAGAACAAGGAAUGCCGUUCAUGGAAAAACUCCAGAUACAACUGGCAGUGGUGAAUCUUGGGGAAUGAGGAAAAUAUAUCCAACCAUACCCUUCAAUCUUGAAGUAGGACAAGUUCAUUCUGGAGCAUAUUCUCAGAGAGACAGCAGAGCUAGUAGAACUCAGUUAACAUCUGAGACACCAAACAACACUGUCACUUCUGAAAGUGAAUGAGGACUGAGGCGUAUGUAUUCACAUUCUGAGCAGGCAGAUGUGAGAGCUUAUGUCAAUACCAUCAGAAAUCCCGUUUGUAAAAUUUUAAAUACUAGCUUAAAUGAUACAACAUCUGUUCCAAUUCAGAGCAUGUUAAGGCAGACAAUGACAGAAUUUAGUAACUCAAGUAACCUUAUGGACAUUAACGGUAAUUUAGAGCACAGUGUCUCACCUCCAAGUCAAAACAUGGAAUGGCCAGAGUCACCAAAUAGAAGAGAUGGUCCUAAUGGUAGUAGUAGUGGUAGAUUUUGUUGUGAUUCAAAUCCUAGCUAUGAUACCCAUUCAAGUUCCACACUGAUUUGUCAUUCAAGACCCAAUUGUACGUUUAGUUCCAGUUCUAGUCCUAUUUCCAGUUUCAGUCCUAUUUCCAGUUCCAGUCCUAUUUCCAGUUCCAGUCCUAUUUCCAGUUCCAGCUCAAGUGAUGAAAAUUCAGGAAUUAGCUCACUGAUGUUUGAAGGCAGUGAAGAAAGAAACUUAUCAUCAGACGUAUCAUCAGAGACCACGCAAGGGAGUAGACGAAUGACCCCAGUAAUAUUUAAUGAAAGUGACUCUGGGCCCUCCUAUAAUCUGCAACAGUUUUUCCUCUUAAGUGGAGAUAAUCUAUACCCAACUACAGGACUCACCAAAGCACAGAUUGACAACUUGGCUGUAAGAUCUUUUGGUGAAAAUGAUGCAUUAAAAGCCUGUAGCAUUUGCAUUACAGAGUACACAGAAAACAGCAAGCUUCGCAUCCUACCUUGCUCCCAUGAAUAUCACAUUCACUGCAUUGACCGCUGGCUGUCUGAGAACUCUACCUGUCCUAUUUGUCGUGAGCAAGUAGUGGAUUCCAAUGAGAGUGAAAAUUCUAAUUGA